CCGGGCUGCAGGUGGUGAAGGAAACCUUCGUUUUUUAUGUGACUCGGGAUUGCUUGUUUAUAGUAAUGUGGGGGGUGUGUUUUUGGGGUGCAUUUGGCAGGGUCUUUCUCCUGCUGUUGCUUAUUCCGUGUACCUUGCUGCUGCUAUGGGUUCCCGGGUCUCUGCCUCACCCACAGCCCUGCCAGAUUUUAAAGAGGAUUGGGCACACUGUUAGAGUUGGGGCUGUGCACCUUCAGCCCCGUUUCUUUCACAACAUCGGGAGUGAAAGCGACAAGGAGACUGAAGAGGGGGCCGAGAGUGGAGAGGAGAAGGAGUUGGAAAUCAUCACUAAAAGUGGCGAUGGGCAUGGAUCGCGGAACACAAAAAUUGAGAACGCAGGCAGCAGACAGAAUAAGGGAACUAAAAGUGGAAUUGGAAGUAAGAUUUUGGAAAGCGAGACAACCCUAUUUUUGCCUAAAGAUUCACUGCUAAUUGCUGUAGAACAGCUCAAUAGAAUGGUCGGGCUUUUACCUUACAACUUGUCUUUGGAGGUUGUGUUGGCAGUGGAAGCUGGGCUUGGGGAGUCGCCCUCAUUUUCUUUCUCUUCCUCGCCUCCAUCAGUGUUUACGGACCCCGUGUCUUUCCUGCAAAGCGUGUGCCAUUCAGUAGUUGUCCAAGGUGUCUCUGCCAUAUUAGCUUUUCCACAAAAAAAGCGAGAGUUUUUGGAACUGGAAUUUAUAUCCUCUGUACUACAGACCCCCGUGAUAAGCAUCGUACAAAAUGAGUUUACAAGAACAAGUAAGAAUCCCCUUCACCUUCAGAUGGCUUUGCAGAACCCUUUUGCCCCACAAGCGAACAUUGUUUUCUCUCUGCUUGCCAUGAACAACUGGUAUGAUGUCAGCUUGGUACUGUGCCAAGACUGGAAUGUUGCAGAUUUCCUUUUUCUUCUGCAAAACAAGUCCAAGUUUCACCUGGAAUCUAUAAUCAACAUCACUACUAAUAGCAGCUCUAAGAGUGACAUUCAGAGUUCCUUCCAGGCCCAUUUGGAGUCAUUGAAGGAAACAACAGUUGUAACUUUUGGCUGUGAUAUAAGGGUUAUCAAGAAAAUCUUUGAGGUUGUUACCAAAUUUGGCCUGACGUUGCCGGAAUACCAUUGGAUUUUAGGGGACUCACAGAAUGUAGAAGAGUUACGGUCUGAGGGACUGCCUAUGGGUCUGUUGGCACAUGGGAAAACAGCCGAGCCAGUUCUGGAACACUAUGUGCAGGAUGCUCUGGAACUGGUGGCAAGAGCUGUGGGGAUGGCUGCCUAUAUACAACCAGACCUGGCUCUCAUUCCCAGUACCACAAACUGCAUGGAUAUAGAGGAAAGAAAUAUAACCUCAGGCCAAUACAUCUCCAGGUUUUUGGCCAACACAUCAUUUGAUGGUCUGAGUGGUCACAUCAAACUUUUGGACGAUUCAGUGAUUACCUCAGACAGCCAUUAUUUCAUUUGGAACCUGCAGCACGACCCUGUAGGAAACCCUAUGUGGACGCGUCUGGGAAGCUGGAAGGAAGGAAAAGUUGUCAUGGACUACGGGAUCUGGCCCAACAAAAAGCUGUUUCAGCAGGGGGGCAAUGGUAGGCAUUCAUCCCGUCUUCAUCUGAGGGUGGUCACCCUGGUGGAACACCCCUUUGUGUUCACCCGGGAGGUGGACGAAGAUGGGCAGUGCCCAGCAGGCCAGUUGUGCCUUGACCCCCUCACCAAUGAUACAGCUGUGCUUGAGAACUUGUUUGAGAAUCUUCAGGGUGUAAAUGACACUGUGCCCAUAGAGUUCAAGAAAUGUUGCUAUGGUUACUGCAUUGACCUUCUGGAGAAACUAGCUGAGGACAUGGGCAUUCAUUUUGACCUCUACAUUGUUGGAGAUGGGAAAUACGGUGCCUAUAAAAAUGGCCGUUGGACAGGACUGGUUGGGGACCUCAUGAGUGGGGCAGCACACAUGGCUGUGACCUCAUUCAGUAUUAACUCUGCCCGGAGCCAAAUAAUAGACUUCACUAGCCCUUUUUUUUCCACCAGUUUAGGCAUACUUGUAAGGACUAGGGAUACAGCAGCACCGAUCGGGGCUUUUAUGUGGCCUUUGCACUGGAGCAUGUGGUUGGGGAUAUUUGUGUCUUUGCAUGUCACUGCCAUAUUUCUCACCCUUUAUGAAUGGAAGAGCCCUUUUGGCAUGACUCCCAAUGGUCGUAACAGGAAGAAGGUGUUUUCUUUCUCGUCUGCCCUCAAUGUCUGUUAUGCCAUCUUGUUUGGCAGAACAGCUGCCAUCAAGCCACCCAAGUGUUGGACAGGGAGGUUUCUAAUGAACCUCUGGGCUAUCUUUUGCUUAUUUUGCCUAUCCACAUACACAGCUAACCUGGCUGCUGUGAUGGUGGGGGGGAAAAUCUAUGAGGAGCUUUCUGGAAUACAUGAUCCUAAGCUUCACCAUCCUUCUCAGGGUUUUCGCUUUGGGACUGUCCGGGAAAGCAGUGCAGAGGAUUAUGUUAAGAAAAGCUUUCCAGAAAUGCAUGAGUACAUGAGAAGAUACAAUGUGCCAGCUACACCAGAUGGAGUGGAACACUUAAAGGAUGAUCCGCAGAAGCUAGAUGCCUUUAUCAUGGACAAAGCGCUUUUGGAUUAUGAGGUGUCAAUAGAUGCUGACUGCAAACUACUAACAGUAGGGAAACCAUUUGCUAUUGAAGGAUAUGGAAUUGGCCUUCCACAGAAUUCUCCACUAACCUCAAAUAUUUCAGAGUAUAUCAGUCAGUUCAAAUCUGAUGGCUUCAUGGACAUGCUGCAUGACAAGUGGUAUAAAGUUGUACCAUGUGCCAAAAGAAGUUUUGCUGUGACGGAGACUUUACAGAUGGGAAUCAAGCAUUUCUUAGGGCUUUUUGUAAUGCUGUGCGUUGGAGUUGCAUUGGCCCUUCUUACAACAUUAGGAGAGCACAUUGUCUACAGGCUGGUGAUUCCAAGAAUUAAAAAAAAGUCGAAGUUAACGUAUUGGCUUCAUACAAGUCAGAGAUUACAUCGUGCACUAAACUCAUCUUUUAAUGAGGAUAGGUUCCAGCAGAAGGUGACAAAGUUGGAAAAAAGGUGCAAUGUUGGAAAUAACCAACAAGCUGUGUGGAAUACUGCAGGGAACACAAACUGCAACAGAAGGAAGUUUCCAUUUCGAGAAAACAGGCACAAUGACUUUGAAUUUAAACAAUAUAAAGACAUCCCUCUCCCUCAGGUGAGGAGAGUGAUCCCUGCUUCACCCACCUCAAACGGACGAACAGACUCCUUGAGCAUGGCAAGGAACUCAGUGAUUCAGGAGCUGACAGAACUGGAGAAACAGAUCCAGCUCAUUAAACAAGAGCUCCAGCUGGCUAUGAACAGAAAAAAUGAACUGGAGGAUUACCAGCGGAUAAAUAAGAUCACAGAAUCCUAGAUUAGCACAUGAAUAUGGAAUGCACUUUUAAGGAGUUGUGAAAACAAACUAUGGUUGAAUUUAGCCCAACAUAAAAGGUCUUCUGUAGGCACUCUGUUUUAGAAACUUGAGUCUAAAUGCCCACUCAAGUUUCGAACACGUCUUGUUGUUUUAAUCACAGACUUUUGGUAUUUUUGGGUAGUACAGGAAAUGCAGCUUUGAUGACUACCCAGUUGAAAGCGUCAAGCUACGAUGCACAUUUUGUUUCCUCCAGUAUGUAUGCGUGCAUUGCAGUACGUAAGCGAAUGUGGGCACCACCACCCACAAAAAGGAUGCCUGUGAAGCUGAAGUUACAGUAACUGUGCCUCCAUCAUAAACAGAAAUGUUUUUUCAGUCCCUUGUUAAGUUGGAUAUAAAGAUGUGGUCCAGCUGUUAAUCCAGAAUUGCUAGGAUACUGAUGUGCUUGGCUGUGUCUUUUCAUAAUGAAAGGCACUGUUGUUGUUUUAUUGGUUUGUGUGAAUCUGACGAGACAUUUCCAGUUGCACCCUGAUUUUAGAGUCCAUUUUUUUUAUUUAUAUAGUUUAAUUGUUACGAUAUGGAAUUAAUCAGGAGUAAAUCAGUGCCCAAAAUAUGCAUGCUAUUUAAAUGUCUGAUAAAAUGGAGCACAACCCACAGGUAUCAAAAGCACUUACAAUGAUGCCUAUUUUUAUAAACUUUUGUUAUUUGGGAGGCAUGAGCGAGGGCUCCUCCCCCUACUUCCUUCCUACCAAUAACAUCUGCUCAUCCCCUAUUUAAACCCCAAGCCGUGAGUUUGAUGUCUUGUGCUUUUUGUUUUCCACCAACCUCCCCCACUAUGCCUUCCUCUUCUAUCCGGCAACUCCACCUCUGCAGCUGGGGUUCUCCACUGCAACAGUCUCCCUCUUGCAGGUAAGUGA